CCCAGCAAACAUCUCCCCAUCUUCCUCUUCCAACAGAUCUCUCUGCAGAGAGCUCAAACUCGAGCAAAUUUUCGAUGGCAGCUAAAGCCAUAGGCAUACUAGCUCUCCUGGCCACACUCUCCACUCAGGCCGCUGCAGUGGAUGUGCUGUUCAGUGGGCAGACUCUCUUUGCAGGUCAGUUCAUAGAGAACGGGCCUUACAGGUUCAUCAUGCAGUACGACUGCAACCUUGUGCUCUAUAUCAACGGAAACAGGGCACUGUGGGCUUCCGGCACUGCCGGGAAAGGCACUGACUGUAGGGCAACCCUACAGAAAGACGCCAACUUGGUUGUCUACACGGGAAGUAGAGCUCUUUGGGCGAGUGGGACGGCGAGAGGGCAGAGCAACUACGUUCUCAUAGUACAGUUCGACGGGAAUGUGGUGAUCUACGGCCCUUCUAUCUGGGCUACCAACACAGUUCAGAGUGCCAGCAGGAAACUCAAGCCGUAGAUCCAAAUUAACGUGCCCGCUAUAUAUAUAUACGCCGUUGCUUCCUAUAUAUUAGCAGCGUGCGAGUCUGGCGAGGACCUCUCGUGAAUAAAGUACGCACUGUUGUUUAAUUCCUAGAUAUAUUUGCAGAGUGUAUCGUGACUUUUAGGACCAUCAAAGUCUUUGAUUGUUGCUUCAAGAGUGAUUGUCUACUGCUGUUAUCAAUAAAAUCAUGUUUUACCUAGAAUGUCAUAAUCUGAUCUCUUGUUUUUGUCUU